AUGGUUGUGUGUGUGAGUGAGCAAGAAACAGAAAGAGAGAGAGCGUGUGUGCGUGUGUGUGUGUGUAUGUGUGGGGGUGGGUGUAUGUAGGGUACUACAUUCAAGUCAGCUCGCCUGCUCCAACGAUUGACAGAUUUCAGUGUUAAAAAUCCAGCUGAAAUCCUUGGUCAUUUUAUGCUUCAGCAAUAAGUUUGUACUUCAGGUUGGUGACACCAAUACACCACCUGCCAAAAUGGUGGCUCUGUCACUCAAGAUAUGCGUGCGCCAGUGCAAUGUGGUGAAGACAAUGCAGUUUGAGCCCUCCACGCCUGUGUACGAUGCCUGCAGGAUCAUUAGAGAAAGGGUUCCGGAAGCCCAAACUGGCCAAGCCUCUGAUUACGGCCUUUUUCUCUCUGAUGAUGAUCCCAGAAAAGGAAUCUGGCUGGAGUCUGGGAGGACUCUGGAUUACUACAUGCUCCGGAAUGGGGAUGUCUUGGAGUACAAGAAGAAACAGCGUCCCCAAAAAAUCAAGAUGCUGGACGGUGCGGUUAAAACUAUAAUGGUGGACGACUCAAAAACUGUGGGAGAGCUGCUUGUGACCAUAUGCAGUAGAAUAGGUAUCACCAACUAUGAGGAGUACUCUUUGAUCCAAGAGGUGAUGGAAGAGAGGAAAGAGGACGGUCAUGAGACAGGCACCCUGAAGAAGGACAGGACUCUGCUCAGGGACGAGAGGAAGAUGGAGAAGCUCAAAGCUAAGCUUCACACAGAUGACGACUUAAACUGGCUAGACCACAGCCGAACAUUCAGAGAGCAGGGGGUGGAGGAGAGUGAGAUGUUGCUGCUCCGACGCAAGUUCUUCUACUCUGACCAGAACGUGGACUCACGAGACCCGGUCCAGCUCAACCUUCUCUAUGUACAGGCUAGAGAUGACAUACUGAACGGCUCCCACCCUGUUUCAUUUGAUAAAGCUUGUGAAUUUGCUGGAAUUCAGGCUCAGAUCCAGUUUGGACCCCACGUUGAACAGAAACACAAGCCUGGAUUCCUAGACCUGAAGGAGUUCCUACCCAAAGAGUACAUUAAACAGAGAGGGUCAGAGAAGAAGAUAUUUGUGAAUCACAAAACCUCUGGAGAAAUGACUGAGAUUGAGUCUAAAGUGAAGUAUGUGAAACUAGCUAGGUCCCUUCCAACGUAUGGGGUCUCCUUCUUCUUGGUGAAGGAAAAGAUGAAGAGCAAGAAUAAGCUUGUCCCACGAUUAUUAGGGAUAACCAAAGAGUCCGUAAUGCGGGUGGAAGAGAAGACCAAAGAUGUGGUUCAAGAGUGGCCCUUAACCACGGUGAAGAGAUGGGCUGCUUCUCCCAAGAGUUUCACCCUGGAUUUUGGGGAGUACCAAGAGAGUUACUACUCAGUUCAGACAACAGAGGGUGAACAGAUCUCACAGCUGAUUGCAGGUUACAUUGACAUCAUCCUCAAAAAGAAGCAGAGUAAGGAUCGUUUUGGUUUGGAGGGGGAUGAGGAGUCCACCAUGCUGGAGGAAUCAGUCUCUCCAAAGAAAUCGACAAUCCUGCAGCAGCAGUUCAAUAGGGUGGGUCGCGUGGAGCAUGGCUCAGUGGCACUGCCAGGAAUCAUCCGCUCUGGGUCCAUUAGUGGCCCUGACAACACCUUCAACAUGGGCACCAUGCCCUCUGCCCAGCAGCAGAUCACCACAGGGCAGAUGCACAAAGGACACAUGCCCCCACUGAGUUUGGCCCAGCAGGCUCUGAUGGGGACCAUCAACACCAGUAUGCACGCUGUGCAGCAAGCCCAAGUUGAUCUGGGAGAGGUAGACAGCCUGCCCCCUCUUGGCCAGGACAUGGCAUCCAGAGUUUGGGUUCAGAACAAAAUGGAUGAAUCUAAACAUGAAAUCCACUCUCAAGUAGAUGCUAUAACUGCCGGAACAGCAUCUGUGGUCAACCUUACUGCAGGUGACCCAACAGACACGGAUUACACAGCGGUGGGCUGUGCCAUCACCACCAUCUCCUCCAACCUGACAGAGAUGUCUAGGGGGGUGAAGCUGCUAGCAGCGCUAGUUGAGGACCAGGUUGGAAACGGGCAAAAUCUGAUGGCCGCUGCAAGGACCCUGGCCGGGGCCGUCUCUGACCUACUCAGGUCUGUGGAGCCUGCAGCUGGAGAGCCAAGACAGACUGUUUUGACUGCGGCAGGAAGUAUAGGGCAGGCCAGCGGGGACCUGCUGCGUCAUAUGGGGGAGGGAGAGACUGAUGAGAGAUUCCAGGAUAUUCUGAUGAGCCUUGCCAAAGCGGUGGCCAAUGCAGCUGCCAUGAUGGUCCUUAAGGCCAAGAACGUUGCUCAGAUGGCAGAGGACACAGUGCUACAGAACCGAGUGAUUGCAGCUGCUACUCAGUGUGCUCUGUCCACCUCUCAGCUGGUGGCGUGCACCAAGGUGGUGAGUCCCACCAUCAGUUCUCCAGUGUGCCAGGAUCAGCUGGUUGAGUCGGGAAAGCUUGUGGAUCGCUCCGUUGAGAGCUGUGUCAAGGCUUGCCUGUCGGCCACAGACGACGGCGAGCUGCUGAAGCAGGUGGGGGCUGCAGCCAACACUGUGAGUCAAGCCCUCAGUGACCUGCUGCAGCAUGUACGCCACUACGCCAGCUGUGGCGAGCCCAUCGGACGCUACGACCAAGCCACCGACACCAUCAUGACCGUCACGGAGAGCAUCUUCACCUCCAUGGGAGAUGCAGGGGAGAUGGUGCGUCAGGCCAGGGUUCUGGCUCAGGCCACCUCUGACCUUGUCAAUGCCAUGAGGUCAGACGCAGAGGCUGAGGUGGACGUGGACAACUCUAAGAAGCUUCUGGCUGCAGCUAAACUCCUGGCAGAUGCGACUGCCAGGAUGGUAGAGGCUGCUAAGGGUGCUGCAGCUUACCCCGAAAACGAGGACCAGCAGCAGAGGCUGCGAGAGGCAGCAGAGGGGUUACGUGUUGCCACAAACGCCGCAGCUCAGAACGCCAUCAAGAAGAAACUCGUCAAUAGGUUGGAGAUGGCUGCUAAACAGGCCGCGGCUGCUGCCACUCAGACCAUUGCUGCGGCGCAGAACGCUGCUGCCUCCAAUAAAAACACAGCCUCUCAUCAGCAACUGGUGCACAGCUGCAAGGCAGUGGCAGAUCACAUCCCUCAGCUGGUCCAGGGGAUGAGGAGCAGUCAGGCCCAGCCGGAGGAACUCGGUGCCCAGCUGGCCCUGAUUAUGGCCAGCCAGAGCUUUUUACAGCCUGGCAGUAAGAUGGUGACGUCUGCAAAGUCCACUGUACCCACAGUGAUGGACCAGGCUGCCGCGAUGCAGCUUGGACAAUGUGCCAAAAACCUGGCCACCUGCCUGGCCGAGCUACGGACAGCCACCCAAAAGGCCCAUGAAGCAUGCGGUCCUCUGGAGAUAGACUCUGCCCUUAAUGCUGUCCAGACGUUGAGGAGUGAACUACAAGACGCCAGGAUGGCUGCGCAUGAUGGCCAGCUCAAACCACUUCCUGGAGAAUCGCUAGAGAAGUGUGCCCAGGAACUGGGUAGCACCUCAAAGGCUGUUGGUUCCUCCAUGGCCCAGCUGCUGACCUGUGCUGCACAGGGCAAUGAGCACUACACAGGCGUGGCUGCCAGGGAGACUGCCCAGGCUUUGAGGACAUUGGCCCAGGCGGCCAGGGGUGUAGCAGCCACCACCAAGGAGCCUCAGUCCGCAGUAGCCAUGUUGGAUUCUGCCCAGUAUGUCAUGGAGGGCUCUGCCAUGCUUAUUCAUGAGGCCCAUCAGGCCCUGAUCUCCCCUGGCGAUGCAGAAAGUCAGCAGAAACUGGCACAAGUGGCCAAGGCAGUGUCCCACUCUCUGAACAACUGUGUUAACUGCCUGCCUGGUCAGAAGGAUGUGGACAUGGCCCUGAGGAGCAUUGGAGAGGCCAGCAAGAAGCUGCUGGUGGACAUUCUCCCUCCCUGCAGUAAGUCCUUCCAGGAAGCUCAGAGUGAGCUGAACCAUACUGCCGCUGAGCUCAACCAUUCUGCUGGGGAUGUGGUGCACUCCUCUCGGGACACAAGUAGCCAGCUGGCCGUGGCUUCGGGAAAAUUCAGUGAGGACUUUGAUGAAUUCCUGGACGCUGGCAUAGAGAUGGCCGGACACACUCAAUGCCAAGAGGACCAAAUCCAAGUGAUUGGCAACUUGAAGAACAUUUCCAUGGCCUCCAGCAAGCUCCUUCUGGCAGCCAAGUCCCUGUCUGUGGAUCCUGGAGCAGCUAAUGCUAAGAACCUCUUAGCUGCUGCAGCAAGAGCGGUGACAGAGAGCAUUAACCAGCUCAUCACACUGUGUACCCAGCAGGCACCUGGCCAGAAGGAGUGUGAUAAUGCUCUGAGAGAACUGGAGGCUGUGAGAGGACUGCUGGACACCCCUGGUGAGCCCGUCAGUGAGCUGUCCUACUUUGACUGCAUCGAAAGCGUCAUGGAGAACUCAAAGGUCCUUGGAGAGUCCAUGGCAGGAAUUUCCCAGCACUGUAAGACGGGCAACGUGCCAGCAUUUGGAGAUUGUGUGGGAGUGGCGUCCAAGGCCCUGUGUGGGUUGACAGAGGCAGCUGGACAGGCUUCCUACCUGGUGGGUGUGUCUGAUCCAAACAGUCAGUCGGGUCAUGAGGGGCUGGUGGAUCCAAUCCAGUUCGCCCGAGCAAACCAGGCUAUUCAAAUGGCCUGUCAAAACCUAGUGGACCCGGCCAGCAGCCCAUCUCAGGUUCUGUCCGCAGCAACGAUUGUAGCCAAGCAUACCUCAGCACUUUGCAAUGCCUGCCGCCUUGCCUCGUCCAAGACUUCCAACCCUGUGGCCAGGAGGCACUUUGUUCAGUCAGCCAAAGAGAUUGCCAACACCACAGCCAACCUUGUCAAAACUAUCAAGGCCUUGGAUGGGGACUUCUCAGAGGAGAACAGAAACAGGUGCCGUGUCGCUACAACUCCACUUAUCGAGGCUGUAGAGAAUCUGUCCACAUUUUCUUCCAACCCAGAGUUUGCUAGUAUCCCUGCACAGAUCAGUAAUGAGGGCACGGCAGCCCAGGAGCCCAUCGUUCGGUCAGCCUGCUCCAUGCUGGACAGCUCCACCAUGCUCCUGGAGACAGCACGCUCGCUCAUCAUCAACCCCAAAGACCCACCCACCUGGUCCAUACUGGCGGGGCACUCCCGCACCGUCUCUGACUCCAUCAAGAGCCUCAUCACCUCCAUCAGGGACAAGGCUCCGGGGCAGAGAGAGUGUGACUACUCAAUUGAUAACAUCAACAAGUGCAUCCGGGACAUUGAGCAGGCUUCGCUGGCUGCUGUGGGUCAGAGCCUACAGGGAUGUAGGGAUGACAUCUCUUUGGAAGCUUUGCAAGAGCAGUUGACAUCGUCGGUGCAGGAGAUUGGACAUCUCAUUGAUCCCAUCAAUACUGCAGCCAGGGUUGAAGCUGCCCAGCUGGGGCACAAGGUGACCCAGUUGGCCAGCUACUUUGAGCCACUCAUCAUGGCGUCCAUUGGCCUGGCUUCGAAAAUCACGGAUCAGCAGCAGCAGAUGAACAUCCUGGACCAGACCAAGACCCUGUCUGAGUCGGCCCUGCAGAUGCUCUACGCAGCCAAGGAGGGAGGAGGGAACCCCAAGGCGGCCCACACCCACGAAGCCAUAACGGAGGCAGCCCAGCUAAUGAAAGAGGCAGUGGACGACAUCAUGGUGACCCUGAACGAGGCAGCCAGCGAGGGUGGUAUGGUGGGAGGCAUGGUGGAGGCCAUCGCAGAGGCCAUGGGCAGGUUGGACGAGGGCCCUCCACCUGACCCAGAAGGGUCUUUUGUGGAUUACCAGACCACUAUGGUGAAGUACUCCAAAGCCAUCGCAAUGACAACACAGGAGAUGAUGACUAAGUCAGUGACUUGUCCAGAGGAGCUGGGUGGCUUGGCCUCUCAAGUGACAGUGGACUACAGCCAGUUGGCCCACCAAGGUCGCCUGGCUGCCACCACAGCUGAACCGGAAGAGGUGGGCUUUCAGAUUAAGACACGGGUCCAGGAGCUGGGCCAUGGAUGUAUCUACCUGGUUCAGAAGGCUGGGGCCCUGCAAAUGAGCCCCACUGACAGCUUCUCCAAGAGGGAACUGAUCGAGUGUGCCCGUACAGUCACUGAGAAGGUCUCCAUGGUGCUGUCUGCGCUGCAGGCAGGUAACAAAGGCACUCAGGCCUGCAUCACAGCCGCCAGCUCUGUCUCCGGCAUCAUCGCUGACCUAGACACCACCAUCAUGUUCGCCUCGGCUGGAACACUGAACCCUGAGAAUGAUGAGUCCUUCGCGGAUCAUAGGGAGAGCAUCCUGAAGACAGCCAAGGCUCUGGUAGAGGACACCAAGCUGCUGGUGUCCGGGGCAGCGUCUAGUCAGGACAGACUGGCCCAGGCCGCCCAGUCAUCAGCCAAGACCAUCACCAUGCUCACGGACGUGGUCAAACUGGGAGCCACCAGUAUGGGUUCUGACGAUCCGGAGACUCAGGUGGUCCUGAUAAAUGCGGUGAGGGACGUGGCUAAGGCACUAGCCGAGCUCAUCAGUGCCACCAAGUGUGCUGCAGGCAAGCCAGCCGAUGACCCGUCAAUGUAUCAGCUCAAGAGUGCUGCCAAGGUGAUGGUGACCAAUGUGACAUCUCUGCUGAAGACAGUGAAGGCUGUGGAGGAUGAGGCCACUCGAGGGACGAGGGCACUUGAGGCCACCAUUGAGUGCAUCAAACAGGAGUUGACAGUGUUCCAGUCCAAGGACGUCCCAGAGAAGACGACCACGCCGGAAGAGUUCAUCCACAUGACAAAGGGCAUCACCACAGCAACAGCCAAAGCUGUGGCGGCAGGCAACUCGGCCCAGCAGGAGCAAGUUAUAGCCACUGCCAACCUGAGCCGCAAAGCCAUAUCUGACAUGCUGACUGCCUGCAAGCAAGCGGCCUGUCAUCCCGAGGUGAGCGAGGAGGUGCGGACCAAGGCCUUGCACUACGGGUCAGAGUGCACCACGGGGUACAUCAACCUGCUGGACCAGGUGCUGCUGGUGCUGCAGAAGCCCACAGCAGAACAGAGGCAGCAACUGGCAGUACACUCCAAAUUUGUUGCGGGGUGUGUGACGGAGCUUAUCCAGACAGCCGAGGCCAUGAAAGAUGGAGGGUUAGAAUGGGUGGACCCUGAAGACCCCACUGUUAUCGCUGAGACUGAGCUGCUAGGAGCAGCAGCCUCCAUCGAAGCUGCAGCCAAGAAACUAGAGCAGUUGAAACCCAGAGCCAAACCCAAGCAAGCAGAUGAGACGCUGGACUUUGAAGAGCAGAUCCUUGAGGCAGCGAAGUCCAUCGCUGCAGCCACCAGUGUCCUUGUGAAGUCUGCCUCUGCAGCUCAGAGAGAGCUGGUGGACCAGGGCAAGGUGGGAUCCAUUCCCGCCAAUGCUGUGGAUGAUGGCCAGUGGUCACAGGGUCUCAUAUCCGCUGCACGGAUGGUUGCAGCAGCGACCAGUAACCUGUGUGAGGCAGCCAAUGCGUCAGUUCAGGGCCACGCCAGUGAGGAGAAGCUCAUCUCCUCAGCCAAGCAGGUGGCAGCCUCCACGGCACAGCUCCUAGUGGCCUGUAAGGUCAAAGCUCAGUCAGACUCUGAGGCCAUGAAGAGACUGCAGGCUGCUGGGAAUGCGGUUAAACGGGCAUCCGACAACCUGGUGAAGGCCGCUCAGAAAGCAGCCUUUGACAAAGCUGAGGAUGACAGUGUGGUGGUCAAGACAAAGUUUGUGGGGGGCAUUGCACAGAUCAUUGCAGCCCAGGAGGAGAUGCUGAGGAAGGAGCGAGAGCUGGAGGAGGCGAGGAAGAAGCUGGCUCAGAUCAGACAGCAACAGUACAAGUUCCUGCCCACCGAACUGAGGGAGGAUGAGAGUUGAUUGGUCAAAAAGAAAGUAGAUUAGCAUCUGAUUGGAGCCUAUUGUUACACAGAGGUGUAGCUGACAUGAACAUGGCCGUUUCCCUUUCAUUUAAGGGCGGUAUGUGUAACAUACUUAGGCCAGGGCUGUUUCUUGAGAUGAAAUAGUGGAUGUGUUCAGGUGUGUGUGUGUGUGUGUGUAUGCGUGUGUGGGUGGGAGGGUAUUCACAGAGGGUAAUAUUGACAUAAUGACUUAUAAGGGUCAGCUGCCUUUAGCUGUACUAAAUCAUAUAUAUCACAGGGUUAGAACCUGCAAUCUUACACAAACAUAUUGUCUUACUGACUUGUAUGGUAGGAUGCAUGAAUAAGGACAUCACAGUUAAAUGAAAAUAAACUCUAUAAUGGCAAGUUCUAUUUUUACUUAUAGCUUUCAUAAAUACAUCUCUAAAUCCAUGAAAGUCACUUCAACACAUGUAAAAUCACUUAAAAGGGGGUAGCUCUUUCUUCAACUAGCACAGCUGACAUAGGGAUCCAUUGCAUAAAGGGGUAUUUCAAGAUUUCUGCAAUUGCUCAAACUCGAGAAACUUCCCUCCAACUACACACAGACACAUAAAAUGGCAUCCACCACUUAAUCGGACUCUAUAAAAAUAGUUCAAGUGAUUCACUGCCAAAAUUCUGAACUAUUCCUUUAAGUUUCUCAUGAAACAU